AUGGACCUUGGAGUGACCCAUCGUCAACGCCACAACCCUGUUGACAGCAUCUGUCGUAAGCUGCAGACCAUCCAGCGGCACGACCGUGAGGUUAACCCCUCCUCACCCUUCCAGAUUCCAAAAUUCACUUCCAGCAGCUACGACAGCCCCCAGUCCGGCCUGCGCCGCAACCUGGAAGUCAUCCUGAAGAAGCGCGAGAGGGAGGGGCUGUUAACCCCCAAGGGUUCACCCCAGCUUCCCAGGAGCUCCCACUGUCCCAACUCCACCCCAGUCAACUCCACCAUGAACCCCCCAACCCCAGUCAAUGCUAAGUUUACCAUAACGAGUAAUCCUGGGGAGUGGAGGGGGGUAGGGGUGGGGUUAGGAGGGCAAGGGAGGGGAUGGCAGAGGAACUGCUCCACCCCAGCUGUCCAGACUGGAGAGACUUUUUUCAGCUUCUCAGGGUCUGACGGCAGUGAGAGGCACAGGACCCCAUCUCUGUCUCACACUCACACACCUGCACAGAGCCUGCUGUCCUACAACCUCAACUUCUGCUCGUCGGACUCCACGGCCAACCUGCUGCAGUGUGAGCUGCCUUACCCGGCCCUGGUUGUCAAGAGACUGUCCAUGGGAGACGGAGCCAUGUCCUCUGAGAACCAGAAGGAGAUGAUGGCUGAGGUCAGUCUGAUCUGUGAAGAGGAUUUACUAGACACCAUUUUCCAUGUUUGUGACACCCAGCGCAGAGGUAAGGUGUACGUGUCUCGUAUCGUGGACUACCUGCGUCACACCACCAGCCGUGGUUCUGAGGACAGUGGGCUGGAGGACCUGUGUAAUAUGCUGGACCCGGAGCACAAAGAUGUCUCCAUAGACCUGGACACCUACCACGCCAUCAUGAAGGAGUGGAUCGAUGACUGCAGAAAGAAUGGGGACGACACACCAGAGGACCUGACUCAAGAGUCUGUCAGACUCCGAGACAGCCUGUCAGCUAAGAGGUCUGUCCUGCUGAACAUGACCUCAGGCAGUCUGGAGGCAUUUGGAGGGGAGGUGUCACGAGCAGACCUUGAGACGUCAGACCUGGUGUUCUGUGUGACUGACCUGCAGUUCAGUAACCAGAAGCUUCAGGAGGAGGUGAGGAAGCUGAAGCAGAAUGUGGAGACCAUGGAGGACCAUAACCAGAAACUAGCAGAGGAGAACGAGGAGCUCAAGUCACAGGCCAGACUAGGCCAGCAGCUGGCCCAGAAGGAGAAGAUGUUGAAGGAUGAGGUGGAGGAGAUGAAGAUGAGUCUGAGCUGUACAGAGGAGGGCAGGGCCAGGGCCUCGGCUCAGACCAAACAUAUGGAGAGAGAGAACCAGAGUCUGAUUGCAAAGAUAAGCUGUCUUCAGGAUGAGAACAUCAAGGUCACCAUGGAGAUGGAUGACCUCCAGAAGAGGAUGAUUGAACUGUGUGACCUAAACGCUGAGCUGCAGGUCCAAAACCAUUCCUUUGAUGCUGUCGUGAGUGAGAAGGAAUCUCUCAUAUUCCAGAAGUGCAGACAGAUUGAGGAGCUGAAGGCUACAGUGAUGGAGUACUCAUCAGUCACAGAGCUGUUGAGAGCAGACAAGACCAAGCUGGAGAGCCAGAUACACAUGAUGCCGCCAGACAUGGCAGUUGCAGGUAUCUCCCUGUCGGUGGCGUACAGGUUGAACCACAGCACUUCAGGAUCCCUGCAGACAGAACUGGCCCUUGCUCAAACACCUCCGGAGGGUGCGGCGUGUGUGUCGCCGCUGAGCUUUGCAUCUGUGCUAGAUGAGUCUCUGGACAGGGAGGUGUUAGUGCUCCUGCAGGGCCCCACACCUGACCAGAUGUCCCUGGAGUUCAAGAGCCUCAUCAACAAACUGAAGAGAGAUUUUAAGGACGAGGGCCUCUCCAUCUUGUCAACCCUCAGAGGACUCAUACACCACUAUGGAGGACCAGGGGCUAGUAAAGACCCCAGACUGCAGGCGGUGCAGUCUGAGCUGGAUCAGAGGAGGACGGAGUGGGGCCUCAGCCUGGAGCAGUUGGACCAGUACACCGACUCCCUGGAGAACGAACUGAUCAAGAUGGCCAACAGCAUAAGGAGGUCCCGCACUGAGAUACUACACCUGUCAGUCAGGGUUCAGGAGCAGGAGAAUCAGAAGCGGCAGCUGCGUGAAGAGUUGGACCAGCUAAAUACACCGGGGGACAGCAGGGAGGCCAGCUGCCAGACCCCCGACGAGGACACACAGGUAGGAGGGGGAGAGAUAUGGAGGGAAGAGGUAGACGGGAUAGCAGAGACUAGCUGUGAAACCCCUGACCCUGAUGAUCCACAGGCUGGGGAGGACCUGGACUGGGACGAGGAGUUUGUCCUCCAAGACUUCCUGAAGAACGAGGGGGUGGAGAUGUACAGGGACUUCAAGAGUCGGGAGACGGGACCGACGGAGGAGGACAGACUGACAGAGAGGGGGGACCAGCCUGGGGAGUUUGUGGAGAGGUGGACCGUGGUGGGGGGAGAGGGACCAGAGGGGGGACUGAGGGGGAUCUCCCUUCUCUCUCCUCUCUCGGAACAAAGUGAACCCGACCAGACGGAGGGAGAGGAUCUGAGAGAAACCACAGCGGCAACAGAUGGUGACCAGAGAGUGAACAGUCUAUCCCCACAGGGUGCCAAACUACCAGAAUGCUUUGGGCCUGAGGACGCCCACCAGCAUGCUGUUGACACCGAGGAGCAUCCACUCCCUCCCUCCCACUCUUCUCUAUCGGAUGCAAUGAGCCCUGACACCAUAGUGCCCCUUCAAGACACACCUCAGCCUGGCUCACCAGAACAUGACAGGACCAUCACUGCUAGGAACAGUCCACCCCCCAGGCUGGCUGAGAUGGUAUCUCCCAGCUGCACUUACCCUGUGAUAGAUGAGACCAUUUUACUGACUGGCAGCCCCCAGCAGACAGACGGCAGUGAAAGAGGAAAAGGAGAGGACAUCACCACCUCAACCAAUAUGAGUGACACACAGAAGGUAACCAAGGACCAGCUGGCUGAGAGAGUGCUAGCAGAGGACAGCACCAGCCUGUUACCAGUACUGGAGGAGGAGGAGGAGGGCAUACAGGAGUCGGUGGUGCAGGUGCCUACCGUGGAAGUGGACUUGUCAGGGACAGUCAAUCUGGCAGAGAACGGAGGCUCUCGGACCAUGGAUGGACUGAAUGUUGCGCUCACUGACCCAUCACAGGGUUCAAGGGAUGCUAUGACACCUGACCCCUCAGGAGCCAAAAUUGACUCCCUGGUUCUCAGGAGCAAGUUCAAGAAGGAACUGGAGCUGUCUCGCAGUAUGGAUGUCAUCGAGGAAGGGAAGGUACAAGAGGACCUGAGUGAAACCAGUGUUACCACAGAGAAGGACAUUGAAACCUCUGUUGUUUCUGAGGACUCAACUGUAGGGGACAGAAGCAGCCUGUCCCCUAACGACAAGGAGAUUGAGACGGAGUUCCAGCGCCUGUCCCUGGGCUUUAAGUGUGACCUGUUCACCCUGGAGAAGAGGCUGAGGCUGGAGGAGAGGUCACGGGACCUGGCCGAGGAGAACGUCCGGAGGGAGGUGUCCAGUUGCCAGGGACUACUACAGGCCCUGGCCCCUCUGUGUGAGGAUGAUAACCAGUCUAUGGAGAUCAUCCAGAGACUUCAGAAGAACCUGGACGUCCUCAUCCAGUCCAUGACCAGAGUGUCCAGUCGCUCAGAGAUGCUGGGCGCCAUACACCAGGAGUCUCGUACAGGCAAGGCAGUAGAGAUAAUGGUCCAGCAUGUAGAGAACCUGAGGAGGAUGUACACUAAGGAACACGCUGAGCUCACUGAGCUGAGGGAGAACAUGUUGCAGAACGAGAGGUCCUUCGGCUCCCACUCUGGAGGAACACACUCCGAUGAUUUCAGAGGCAAGAAGCAAUCUGGAGCAACAUCCUAUAAGGCAUCAGCCCGACGGGUCAGCAUAGCAGCUAUCCCCCGGUCCGGUGGUGGAGGGGGACCCAUGCAUUUUGACAUGCCUAAUAAACUGCAGGACACCACGGAGGCGGAGAGACUCACCCGCAGAUCUCCCUGUCCCAUCCUGGCAGAGCAGGCCGCAGCAGCCCCGUGUUUGGGCUACUCCUCCCGGCCUGCGUCUGCAGCCAGCGGGUCCCGGGGACUGUGGCUCUGGCUGGCCCUAGUAGUGGUCCUAGCAGGCCUCCUGGCCCUCCUAGCCAGCCUGGUGCUGCAGCCGGCCGUGGAUGGAGCGCCCGUGGGGACCGGGGACUCCUGGGUGACCAUCCAGCAGCUCCUGUGGCCCUACACAGGGCUGAGGCACAACGGACAGCCACCGGUUUAGAGGGGCUGUGGCCCCAGCAGACAGGGAUGGACGGGCAGGCACCUGGGUAUGGUCAACCCCUGGAAGGUCUUCUGCAACUUGAACCAUCACGUGUGUUAGACUAGUUAGUGUGUGAAGACAGAAGCAGUCGGUGUGUUGGUACUUGGACUACUGACCACCACAGAUUUCCUAUUGGUGCCUGGAGACAUUCUACAGCGCCGUUACGGAAAGGGGAUUGUAAUGUUGGCAGAUCAAGUCAAGGAGGACACCAGCAUUGGGCUGUCCAAUCAUGUAAUGGACUUCAGCGCAUGCUAUCCAAUCACAUCACACCUUUGAGCGUUUGUUGGUCCAUCCUAUGGACAUCAACAUGCUUGCUCGUGGACAGUGGAUUUAGCCGUUUUUACUUUUUAAAACACAUUUCAUAGUAAACUUCUGAAUCUAUUAUGGCAUUUGCGGUUGCCUGAAGAGGCCACCAUUUUAACAAUUAAAAUGCAAUUUUUUUAUGUUUUAAUUUAUCGUUUGACAGCGGGGAUAUGUGUAUAUCUAUUAUAUUGCGUCUGUUUUUGUUACAAACUCACACAAAUGGUUUUUACUCUACUUCUUUAAGUGCUCACUUAUGAAAUUCAUCCACUUUUGUAUGUUCCAAAGACGGGGAGUCAAACUUUACACAA